UAUAAUCUCGGUCCUAGAUUUUAGGAUACAUUCCAGAAAUCUCAGAGAUCCCUUCAGUGUGUACAGAGUAGCCCCGCUCCCGCAGGUGUGCAGGUGGAGGUCAGAACGUGCACGCGCACUGCGCGCGCGCGGGCGGUCGGACGGGCGGGGUUAGUGGUGGAGCGGCUGAAACGCCUGGCAGGUUUCGAGCGCCGUGAACUUUGACGCCGAGCGAAGCUCGAGGAGAACUUCUCCAGGUAACGAGCAUGGCCACGGAUUUCACCCAGGACGCGGUGCUGCGCUUCCUCCUGCGCAGCGGAGGAACGGUACGGAACGCGGACCUGCUGACGCACUUUAAGGCGUUUUUGCGAGAGCACGAGGACCGAGUGCGGAACCGCGAGCUGUUUAAGAAGUAUGUGAACACCGUGGCCACGGUGAAGCAGGAGGAUGGAGUUUCUUAUGUCGUGGUAAGGAAGAAGUUCCGAGCGCGUCGUGGAGACGUCGCCGCCAGCCCCAGCCCCAGCGCACCGGGCAGCGCCACCGGCAGCGCCGCCUCGUCAGCCAGCCGAACUGAUAAGAAACAGGAAGGCGUUGGACGCAGUAAAGUACAAGUGUGUGCUGCCAAACCUCAUCCCAGUGAGGAUCCCAGCCUGAAAUCUCAGCUCUCACAAGUUCAUAACACGCACGGGAUCUUGCCAGUUGCAGGGAUUGUAAACAACAGAGGAAAUCACACGGAAAAUAUUUACUUGGACAAGGAUUUUCAAACCUCGUCGCAUCAACCAUGGGAACAAAUGGUGUCCUCAGUCCCCAGCAAAGACAGAGCUAUAAAUACAUGCACUAUGGGCAUGUCUUCGCUCACUAUCGACUCAAAACGCUCAAGGGGCAGCGGCCAGAGCCUCGACCAGCCAUCGGAGAAGUCAAAUCCUACACACAAUGGCGUUCACGCUGCCAAACCUGGACAAUUACGAGAAGCAGAUGGCUGCAGCCAGAAGUCCUUUGAUCCCCUUCCAGAUGAUCCACACUGUGAGGUGAGUGUGACCCAUCUGUCCAAGGACACAGCACACGAACACACCCUGCCUGGCUCUUUCCAGUCGUUCGACGAGAAUCCGUCUUGUUCUUGGCCUUUUCCCAUCCCUCUCAGACAGUCACAAAUUUCAGCUUCGAGUCCGUGUUUAAUUGAAGUUCCUGGUGAUGCUUCCUACUUUGAUGCGUAUAGACGGCGCAAUGGCGGUCUGCUCAGGCCAGAUUGCUACGGUCAGGCCACAGGUAUUUACAUCCAAGAACCGGAGGACUAUGGCGUGACAGCAGCAGCUCCAGUCAGUCCUGUUCACCAGAGGAACAGUCUUCAUCUGGAAACACCCCGCCCACGUGUGGCUUCAAACUACAUGGAGCCCAAAUACCUCCACGGCCUGUCCUCCAGCCAAAAUAGUCUCCUCCUGCCUUCUUCUGUUAACUCUGACUGGCCUCGGGCAUUUCGCCAGGACGACUGGUCCAGUGAUGAUGCACUGAAUUACUAUGGUGGUGUUUUGACAGAAGGUCAGAAGCAGACUCAAGCUGGCACCCAUCGUUCCUCUGAGGUCAAGCUUCUAUCACAGCUACAUCGCCAAGAAUGCCAGCUCACACCCUUGCAUCACUCAACUGGGCACCUUGUUGCCGAUGAACCCCGAGCAUCUCUUCCAAGUUCGGCACCAGAUGAGAGCACCCACAACAGACCUGUCGCCCGGCAGCUGUCUCGCCACCUGCGAAGCCGGAUGUGUCGAAGCCUGGGAGCAGAUCUGGACCAGGCAUUUCGGGAGGAUGGUGACUCAGCCCGGCUCAAACGACUGCAACGGAUUACCUCUUUUCUUAAUGUCUCCUCCAGCCGAACCCACAGCCCCUUGGACAGCGUGUCCCCUGCCAGCUCGGUUCGCAGCCUGGGUCAUGACCCGUCGUCCUGCGGUCACAGAAACACCCAGGUUCCCCUGGAGCCCCUGGAGCACGAGUGGUUUUUGAAAGCAGCUGCAGGAGUCUGGACUGAGGUUUACUCCCUGUUCAGAGAGGAUCCCAGCCUGCUGGCCAAACGGGACUUUGUGUCCGGCUAUACUGUACUGCACUGGAUCGCCAAGCAUGGAGACCACCGGGUCUUGAACACUCUGUGGUACGGUGUGCGCAAAGCAGGGAUGACGCUGGAUGUGGAUGCAAGGAGCCCGUGUGGCUACACGCCACUGCACCUGGCUGCUAUUCACGGCCAUAAAAAUCUGCUCCGGCUCCUAGUGCACAAGUUCAAGGCUAAUGUGACCCUCAGGGACAACAGUGGUAAGAGGCCUUGGCAGUAUUUGGAAAAAAACAAUGACAAAGAACUGUUUGAGUUGCUUGGUGCUCCCCAGGGGAUGACUGGGGGUAGUGCAGGGGUACAGUGGUCGUUAGAUAGACCCCCAGUAGCACCUGUCAGCAGAUCAGCAGCUACAGUAAAGAGACACGCAUCACUCGCCGCAUUAUUCAAAAACAAGCCCCAACUUAGAGUUUCUGCCAAUGCAGAGUCCUUAUAAUCGUCACACCGUCUAUAUCCACAGCUGAUAAACUUCACAGAGGGUUUUAAGGCAGGAUGUCGAGUUGAAUCCGACUCUGCAAUGCUCUUGAAGACCGUUUUAUCGUCUAUAUUAGAGACCCACGUGUCCGCCUAGCAGGAUUGUUGCUUACGUAUUUUAGUUUUGGUUUUCAUGAUACACGCACGUUACCACUUGUUCCUCCUUUAGCUGAAAGCAGCGACUGGGAUACUAAAGGUAAAGGUCUAACAGUUCACUUUUUGUAACUUUAGUUUACAGUAUUGAAAGUCUCGCUGUGUAAUAAAGCUGUACGUUUAUCCUACACAAUAUAUUAAAACGUUUUUGGGGUGCUUUAAAAGCCACAA